AGUGUGUCUUGGUCUGCAGGCGAGUGUGUCUUAGUAGCUCAACGGCGCCUUGGCUUCGAAGCGAGUCCCACACGAACGCACUGAGUGCUGGCAGUUGCAUCCUCUAGCCUGAUAGUGCAGUGCUUCCGGAGCUUUCCAUUUCUCUGGGGCGACUAACGCAACACAGCCGCCAAAAUGUGUGACAUGGGGGGACUCGAUAACUUGGUGGCCAACACGGCCUACCUAAAAGCCCAAGGGGGUGAUGACAAGGAAAUGAAGAAACGUCGCCGAAGUCUCUCUCUACCCAAGACAGACCAAUGUGUGGAAGUCAGGUCAUGUCUGGAAAAGGACUUUGAUUCCCUCUGCGAAAAGCAGCCUAUUGGAAAGAAGUUGUUUCGCAAUUACCUGGAGCAAGCGGGGCCAGAGUGUAAUGCUGCUGCAGAAUUUCUGGAUGAUCUGAUAGAUUGGGAAUUGUCAGAGGCCGCUGCCAAAGACAAGGCCCGUACAAAUAUCAUCAAUAAGUUCUGCAAAGACGGCUCCAAGAGCUCUCUCACCUUCCUGACUGGAGAUGUAGCAGCCAAGUGCAAGGCAGUUACUGACAAAGAUUUCGAGGAGGUGAUGGGACAGGUGAAGGAGGCCACCAAAGAGUUCCUAAAAGGCAAGCCGUUUACAGAGUACCAGACAAGUGAAUUCUUUGACAAGUUUUUGCAGUGGAAAGAGUACGAGAGACAGCCAAUCACUGAAAAGUACUUUUAUGAAUUCAGGACACUUGGAAAGGGUGGCUUCGGAGAGGUGUGUGCAGUGCAGGUUAAGAACACCGGCCAGAUGUAUGCCUGCAAGAAGCUCUGCAAGAAGCGUCUCAAGAAGAAACAUGGUGAGAAAAUGGCCCUUCUAGAGAAGAAGAUCUUGGAGAAGGUCAACAGCCUGUUCAUUGUCAGCCUGGCCUAUGCUUACGACACCAAGACCCAUCUCUGUCUGACAAUGAGCUUGAUGAAUGGAGGGGACCUCAAGUAUCACAUCUAUAACAUUGGUGAGAAGGGUAUCGAAAUGAAUAGGAUCAUCUAUUAUACAGCUCAGAUUGCAACCGGGAUCCUGCACCUGCAUACCAUGGACAUCGUGUACCGUGACAUGAAGCCAGAGAAUGUGCUCUUAGAUAGCCAGGGCCAGUGCCGUCUUUCAGAUCUUGGUCUCGCUGUGGAGGUUCCCGUUGGAAAGACCAUCACCCAGAAGGCUGGAACGGGUGCAUAUAUGGCACCUGAAAUCCUCAAUGAAACCCCAUACAGGACCUCAGUGGACUGGUGGGCUCUUGGCUGCAGUAUCUAUGAAAUGGUAGCUGGCUACACCCCAUUCAAGGGUCCUGAAGCCAAGAAGGAGAAGGUGGAGAAGGAGGAGGUACAAAGGCGCAUCAUUAACGAGGAACCUAAGUUUGAGCACAAGAACUUUGACGCCCCCACCAUAGACAUCAUCAAGCAGUUCCUCAAGAAGAAGAUUGAUGAACGUCUUGGCUGCAAGGGUGAUGAUCCCAGGAAGCAUGAGUGGUUCAAGUCCAUCAACUUUGCUCGUUUGGAGGCCGGUCUUAUCGAUCCACCCUGGGUGCCCAAACCUAAUGUUGUCUAUGCAAAGGAUACAGGUGACAUUGCUGAGUUCUCUGAAAUCAAGGGUAUUGAGUUUGAUGCAAAGGAUGAAAAGUUCUUCAAGGAGUUUAGCACCGGUGCUGUGACCAUUGCCUGGCAAAAGGAGAUGAUUGACACUGGACUCUUUGACGAGCUCAGCGACCCCAACCGGAAAGAAUCAUGUGCUGGUUUAGAUGAUGAUAAGAAAUCGGGCACUUGCACGCUUCUGUGAGAGGACCAAUCCAGCUACCCGGCCUAGAAUUCACCAGGAAAUGCUUUCAGUGGCAUCACUAAUAUGAAUGAAACUGUGCUCUGUGUCGAAGAAGAGUGGACCUUGACAGAAAAGAGAUGGGACGUUAGUCCACUGUAGUAUAGAAGGAGACUCUUUUUACUUCAGUUGCACAGCCACAUGGUCUGAGAAACACUCUAGAUCAUCCAUGAUAUGGUGGAUUAAGCUUUGGACCAGUCAGGGAAGUUCUUCUCUGCAGUUCCUUUAUGUCUCGUGAAGUAGUCAACCUCUUAUACAACAGGGGGUGCAAGUAAAAGUACUAUUCCCUAUUGAGAAGAUCCUAGAAGAGUAGAGGAUACAGGCCACCUAAAGAGACUUUAAGAUUGUGAUGUAAAAAUAGUGACUCAAUGUAAUCGGAAGCAGUUUGUAAUCAGAAGGCAGAGAAGUGUGGAUUUGAGAAGUAGAGUAAUUCCCAAGAAGCAGCAGCUUGCAUUUCAAACAUCUCCUGCGUUGCCAAAUCACAGUUUACUUGUGGAUUAGUUCACGGUGUACAAAUACACAACUGGCAUCUGUACACAUAUUCUUUGUAAGACUUUAAGAAGGUAAGCCCCAGACGGAAUCUGCGGAAUUCAAAUUUUUUGAAUUCGGAAUUCUGUGGAACGUACUACAAGCUUAUGUGUAGCUGAAAACAAAAUUAAAUUAGCCAAAAUUCUUCUAUCCACCAAUCUGUUUUCCAAAGCGUUUGUCCUAUGUAGGGUUGCCUGGUUAUUUGAGGCUAUCCCAGCAUCUCAAGCUGUAGGCAGGGAAGGACGCUUGAGAGAAGACUAGUCCAUCACGCGGCGAAAUUUGUGAAAAUAUGUAACAAAAUAAUUGUGAAAGAUGCAAAAAUGUUGUGAAUGAUGGGCGUUCCAAUUCUGGAGAAAUCUGCACAGAUUCCAUGUGGGCCUGCUUGUGACACAGGUAAACAUCUACAUGCUGACAAAGUGCAUUUGAAUAAAUGGUGUGAUUGUUCAACGGAGCUCCAGUAAUCUCUGUUGUAGAAUCUUUUGCACAGAUUGUUAACACAUGACCUCCAUGCUUGUGAUCUUUGACAGCAGUGCUUUUCUGAAUCCUCACCUAGAUUUUUAAACAAAUUGUGUGUAUAAAUAUGUACAUAUAAAUAUGAAUGAAUAAAUCAAUAUAUAUUAUCAGCUCUGAAAGGUAAUAAAACCAGAGCUUAGUUGUUUAGCAUUUAAAGGUAACUCCAUUUGUGUUUUGUUGUCAUAUCUCGUCAUGACAGAGUGUUUAAGAUGUAGGCUACACACGCAGACAGCCUUCCUUUACAGGAAAGUUUAGCUGAAAGAAAUCAUUGCUCAAGGGUACAAAGAGAGGGUUUUGGCACUGAUACAUUUGCUAAAUCCCUACACUAUGUAGUAACCAAGAAGGAGGUUAUGCCCUCUUCCAGUCUUCAGUGGUGUUGCUUCUAUGAUGUUGAGCAAGAGCAAAAAAAUUGUUAUUGUGACAUAAAAUGGACCAAACUACGUGUCUGCAAGUUUA